AUGGCCGACUCUUCUGCUGCUGCGGCGGCGGCGCCGGCCUCUUCUGCGCCCGACUUGUCCACGCUCACGGUCGCCGUGUCGUCCGCCACGCUCUCCGACGAUGGCAGCGCUACCCUCUCGCGCCGCGGCGAGUACGGCGCCAACACGUUUCAGCUGCCCGAGGGCCUCAAGCGGCUGCUGGCCAACAUGUACGACCCGGACACCAACCCGCAGGGCAUCAUCAACGCCGGUAUUGCAGACAACUCGCUGUGCCGCGACGAGCUGCUGCGCUACCUGCUUGCGCCGCACAGGCUGCAGCUCUCCCCCGCCGACCUGACGUACGCUGAUCGGUUUACCACCUCGACGCGUCUGCUCGAGGCCAUCGCCAAGCUGUUCAACGAGUACACCCCGGACUGGCCCGACACGACGCGCUCGCCCAAGCCUAGGACCAAGGUGGUGCCGGACCACAUUGCGAUUGCGUCGGGAGCGACGGGGAUCCUGGACGAGCUGUUUUGGAAUCUGUGCGACGAGGGCGAUGGCGUGCUGCUGAGCACGCCGUACUACAAUGCGUUUGACAACGACCUGACCAGCCGCGCCAAGGCACAGGUGGUUCCGGUGCAUCUGCCGUUGCCCGGCGCAGCACGGGAGAGUCUGGAUAAGACGGCGUUUGCAAGCGAGACGGUGGCGGCGUACGAGGCGGCGUACGAGCGCGCCACCAAGCAGGGUGUCAAGGUGCGUGCGCUGCUGCUGUGCAAUCCGCACAAUCCGACGGGCACGAUCUAUCCGCGCGACACCGUGAUUGCGCUCGCCACACUCGCGGCCAAGUACAAGCUGCACUUUGUGUCGGACGAGAUCUAUGCGCGCUCGUGCUUUGCCACUGCCGACGUGCGCGAGCCAGCGGUGUUCCACAGUAUUCUGUCGAUUGAUGUGGUGGAGGAGUGUGGGUUGGAUUCAGCGUACGUGCAUGUGGUCACGUCGGCGUCCAAGGACUUUGCAGUCAACGGGUUCCGACUGGGCGUGCUCGUGUCGCAGCACAAUGCGGCGCUGCUUCGAGCCAUGGCGUCCGUGGGGCUGUUGUCGCAGAGCGCCUCGCCCGCAGCAUCGCUCUGGCACACAUGGCUCUCUGAUGAAGCCUUUUUGCGAUGGUAUCUGGCUGAAAACCGUCGCCGCCUGGCACGCGCGUACGAGCACACGGUCCAAUGGGCACGCCUGGCUGGUAUCCCCUACUUGCCCUCCAACGCCGGCUUCUUUGUCAUGCUCGACUUUAGCACAAAGAUCGGCAUCACCAAAGAGACGGGCGAGAGCGAGGCUGCGAAGCGGGAGGAGGAUUUCGUGGAUCGGCUGCUGGAUUGCGGCGUCUUUGUGGCUCCCGGCACGCAGUACCACCAUCCGAACAAGGGAUGGUUCAGGUUCACGUUUAGCAUGCAGCCCAAGACGCUCAAGCUCGCACUCGAGCGCACCGAACAGGCUCUGCGGCUCGAAGAGAGCGUCGAGAAGAAUAGACCACUGCUCGAUUUGGACUCGGGCGGUACUCCGGCCCCCGAUGCGGGAAAGAGGCAAAGCUGGAUUCAAAAGCUUGUUGGCUAG